AUGUUGAUUACGAAUGUGAAGUCAUCGUUGAUUUACCAAAUGCUGCUGCAUGUGAACAAACCGUACUCUGUGUUUCUGUUCAUCUCGCUGGUUUUGUUAUUUUUUUACAAAGGAACUAUCCUUCCUUAUCAACCUCAUAUAAGGGUUAUGGAAUUUCUGAUCAUUCUAGCUUUUGCUCCUAUUGAAGCUGUUCGCAUAUCAUGGGGUGCACGGGGGAACUUGACAGAAACGCCAACAUUCUUAUCAUUCUCAUUGUUUUUGAGUAUCGCCAUGGUCUUCAUCUGUGUCUAUCUGGCUUUCCUACAAAACUUUGUUUUAUUAAUAGAAGAAAUACUUGUGUGCAUACAAGGAACCAUUGUGAUAAUUGAAUCUGUGAUUGCUUUGGCACUUUGUGGAACAAUUGGAGGAUAA